UUCAGCUCAGAUUGCCCGCGUCUCCGAAGUCCGUCAGGUGACCCGCGCAUGUGCCAUAUCAUUGGUACGUUAAGAAGAAAAAGAAGAAAUUUAGUGCUCGGCUCUCUGCGCUGUGUUCUUGGUUCAGCCACUCCAAGUCCUGGUACCUUGGCUGUUUUCCGGCCAUCCGCUAUCUUCGAGACGCCGUCGCAAGAGCUUCCGAGCGCCGAUGAAGACCAAGUGAAGGAGGUGCAGUUGAAGGAGGCGAAGCAGUUCAAUUCCACUCCGCCUAUUACUCACCGUGCGACCUCCACAACGACCCUCGCGCCACGGUUUCGAGCACCGGCCGCUGAUAUGCAGUACGAGAUGCCUGGCUCCUCCGAGAAUUACUACAUUAUCGUCGCAGCCCUGGUACUCGCUGUAAUGUUCUUCGCAAUCAUUUGGUUCAUGUUGAACGCGCCGGCAGCUGAAGUGCCCGACCGCCUGGUGGAAGGGUUGGUGACGACUCCGUUUACCCGUGUCGCUUGGGAGCUACCGACGACCACGCCGAGUGGGAACACGACACCGACAGAACCAACCGAUGACAUGCCUUCCAAUACCACGCCUGCGGUAACGACAACGCCUUCAGGAACAACGAUAAAGCCGCUCCCGUGGCCCGCCGGCAAGGUCCCCCUGGUGUGCGCCGUGAGCAACGCGUUCGGCGGCGAGAGCAACGACUUGCCGCCAGAUGGCCUGUGCGACCUGCUCUUCUUCGACUCGCUGUACCGCGACGGGCGAAACCUGAUGGGCGCGCCUUACGAAGACGGAUUCAAGCGGUUCCUGGAGCUAGGUCGCCAGAAGCGCGCCACGGGCAUCGGCGUGUCCUUCGACAUGAAAAUGAAGCGGUAUCAUAACAGUAGCUUACCGAUCUUCACGCCCUCCAUUGAGUACCUGUGGAACGAUGGAGUGUCUCACUUCGGUGUUUUGCGAGUGUACGACGAUGAUGAUGAGAGCGACCCCGAGGAGACCAUCAUCGAAUACCUGCAAUUGCUCCAGUCCAUCCAAAAGCACCUGACGAGCCAAAAGCGGGACGCCUGCCGUCAGUCUCACACCGUCAUUGGCGUGAGGCCGCCCCGAGGCGACGCUUACGACAAGGUCGCGGCAUUUCUGAGGGACACGUUCAAGCCAUCUCUUUUCAUUGUAAAUGUCCACGUGCCUUACGAAGACAAGAACCUCUCCAACUGCAUCAUUCUGCCACCUAGCAUUUUGGCUAAACCAGACGGAGGCUUUAUGGCUUAUGAAACGUCCAUGGAGGAGGCGUUGGCCUACAUGCUACGUAUACAUGAAACGGUCGACGCGAAAAUGGAUACGGCGAUCUCUGUCACAUUGAGAGCCCGCUACUACAUGCCGAGGAACAUUUCUGGCGCCGAAGCGUCUACAUACCAGCCGUUCCAAGAAUGCCAGAGCUACGAAGGCGUUUGCACACUGAAGAGGGCGCAACAAAAAAUAAACUUUGGCAUCGCCGCCUUUGACAUCGACUACGACGUUGCGACCAAGCCCUGUCCCCAGUUGCACCUCAACGCUGGUGAUUUUACCCGCCUUACAACGUUAGGCGGACUGCGAAACUACAUAAGUGACGGUUUCUUAGACAUGGAUGAAUGUCUUGCUGCUUCGAUAUAA